UGGUGGUGGGGAGAUAACAGAGGAUAGCUGUGCCUUUAAGCAUCAUUAUUUUAUUGGAAUCUUGCAGGGAUCAGUGCAACGGAGCUACCCUCUCCUAGCCACUCAACCGAGAGAAGGAAGGUGUGGAUUGAAUAAUCCUGUCACCAUCAUCAGGCAGCCUAGAAAAGUUCUACUUGUCAACUGCAUGAAGAACAAAGAUGCAGCGGAGAAAGAUCAAAGAGGAUGGAAGCUUGAUCCGUGAUGAGCAAAAUGAAAAUGAGAACAAUUAUGGGAGUCUAAGCACAAUAGAAAUCCCCCAGCUCAAUGAACACAAAUCAUGUGGCCGUUCUGUACACAGCACCCCAAACUUCUUCAGUGAUGGGAAUACCAGGAUAGACUUUAUCCUUGCAUGGGAAUCAGAUUAUCCAGAUUUGGAGGAGCAAAUGGGAAAACAUGAGAUCCAGAGUCAUAAGCGAGGGAAAUCACUUGAAAUGCACAGAGUAUGGCGUCGAACUUUUCUGAAUAAACUCCAGAAGGCAGGGUUGCGAAUGGAAACGCAUGUCGCUCAGAAUCCAAAGAAGCUGGUGUACUUUGUACUGUUGAACGCCCCCUGGAGUGUGCUCUGUUAUUAUGCUGAGGAUCUCCGACUGAGGGUCCCUCUGCAGGCUGUACCCAAUCAGGCAGUGCUUAACUGGUCUCAUAGGCUCCUGAUAAAACUGGGCAUCCCUAAUAUUCUCUACGAGGAGGUUCCUGACCUGCCCUUGGAUUACUACACCUGCCGUUUUAAGUCAAACAAAUUACCAUGGUUUCUUGGGAGUAAUCACCAUGACACCUUCUUCAGCAGCACCCAACGACACAGAAUACUGUAUGAGAUUCUGGCCACCACAUCAUACGGUGAUCCAAAGGAAGGGCAUGUUGGAGUGGAAAGACUGCUGAGCGAAGAGGUAUUCACAGCUGCGUUCCCCCUGCAUGAUGGUCCUUUCAAGAUGCCAUCAGAAAAGCUACCAUCAGAAAAGCUACCCUCUAAUGAAAUGAAUCAGAGGCAGAUUCUUUUCCAUUAUUGGGCUCAGUGGAGUAAGUGGAAGAAAUACCAGCCUUUGGAUCACAUUCGCAGGUACUUUGGGGAGAAGAUUGCACUCUACUUUGCCUGGCUUGGUUUCUACACUGGGUGGCUCUUUCCAGCAGCGAUAGUGGGUACCCUGGUCUUUGUAAUUGGCAUCUUUAUGAUGUUUGAUGACAUACCUGCAGAGGAAAUCUGUAACAGUGGGGGUAAAUACCAGAUGUGCCCACUUUGCAAAUCCUGCCCAUAUUGGAACAUCUCCACCAUUUGCCCAAUGUUUAAGGCAGGUCGCCUCUUUGACCACGGUGGAACCGUCUUCUUCAGUAUCUUCAUGUCCCUGUGGGCAGUCACGUUCCUAGAGUAUUGGAAGCGAAUGAAUGCCACCCUGACAUAUCGCUGGGACUGUUCAGAGUUUGAAGAUAUUGAGGAACGACCGCGCCCCCAGUUCACUGCCAUGGCUCCCAUGACAACUAAAAAUCCAGUUACUGGAGAGGAAGAACCGUAUUUCCCUAGGCAGAAUCGUUUCAACAGAAUCGUUGCAGGAUCGAUGGUCAUCGUCAUAAUGAUUGCUGUAGUGGUGAUGUUCUUGAUUUCCAUCAUCCUUUACCGGGCUAUCAUUGCUGUGGUCGUGUCCAGGUCUGGAAACUUCCUCGUCGUGGCUUCAGCCUCUCGUAUUGCCAGUAUCACAGGCUCAGUGGUGAACCUAAUCUUCAUCCUCAUUCUCUCCAGAAUUUAUCUUGCCCUGGCACACUUUCUUACCAAGUGGGAAAUGCAUCGCACCCAGACCAUGUAUGAAGAUGCUUUUACGUUUAAGGUGUUUGUCUUUGAGUUUGUCAAUUUCUACUCUUCUCCCAUCUACAUUGCAUUCUUCAAGGGCAGGUUUGUAGGCUAUCCAGGACACUACAAAAAAUUGCUUGGCAUCCGCAAUGAGGAUUGUGGACCAGGUGGCUGCCUCAUUGAACUUGCCCAAGAGCUGCUGGUCAUCAUGGUGGGAAAGCAAAUAAUUAACAAUGUGCAGGAGAUCCUCAUUCCGAAGGUGAAAUCUUGGUGGCAUAGGCGGAAUCUUCUCUCGAAAAACAGGUGGAGUAAGGAGGAUCCAGAAGGCCUUAUGAAUCCACGCUGGGAGAGGGAUUAUGAACUACUGCCGUAUGAAGGGCUGUUUGCUGAAUACCUGGAAAUGGUGCUACAGUUUGGUUUCAUCACCAUCUUUGUGGCUGCUUGUCCACUGGCUCCUCUCUUUGCCUUACUCAACAACUGGGUAGAAAUACGCUUGGAUGCCCAAAAGUUUGUCUGUGAAUAUCGGCGGCCAGUUGUGGAGCGGGCCCAAGGCAUUGGCAUCUGGUUCAAUAUCCUGGAGGUUAUCACGCACCUGGCAGUUAUCAGCAAUGCGUUCCUGAUUGCGUUCACCUGUGACUUCCUCCCUCGGCUGUAUUACCAGUACACUCGUGACAGCAAUCUGCAGGGUUAUGUUGAUUUCACCUUGGCCUAUGCCCCCAAAUCGUUUGUCUUGGAGAACAAUGCUACCUGCAGAUACCGAGCAUAUCGGGAACAGAGUGGCAAGUAUUCACUAGUUUACUGGAAUCUACUGGCAAUCCGUCUUGGCUUCAUAAUUGUAUUUGAGCAUGUGGUUUUCUUCAUUGCACGCCUGAUUGAUAUGAUGGUGCCUGACAUCCCAGAGACUGUGGCUAUAAAGGUGAAGCGAGAACAGUAUCUUGCGAAGCAAGCUCUAGCUGAGAACAAGGCUCUCGUUGAGGCAAUAGAACCAACCUCCAUGGCACAGCAGCAGGACCCAUAGUGGGAAGGCUCAAGAUUGAGAGAACGAAUGCUGAAAUCCAUUUGGUCCUGGCCAAGUCACCAAACAACUGGAGGAGUAAGCUUCACCAAAGAGGAAGCCAGAGGCGGCCGCAGCUCAUGCAGUUUUCAGAGUCAAACAGGCUUGAAACCUUUAAAGUCCUCAGGAAUUCUGCCUGCCCACUUGUCACUAUAGGUGGGUAAAGUAUUACAGCAGUAGCACUCUGAGAAAUGGACUGAUGGAUUAUAUCCUAACGGCUAACUUUCUGGCUUUGCUGUUGUUAUACAAGGGAUGAACUGUCAGUUGCUCUCCUCUCAGGAGGAGUCUGAACAAAGAUAGUUACUGAAAUCACUAUCUGCAAAGUGUUGAAAUUUUAGGAACGAGGAUUGGCAAGUACUAUUUCUCUGCUCUUGUUUACUACUAAGGGAGGAUUAAAGUGUAAAACUUGUGUUAGGUGACAGGAUCAAUGAAGAAACUUUUUGUAGGUGAAUGGAUUCUGGAACCCGUACUCCAGGACACACAGCUUAAUGUGAGAAUAAGGACUGCUUCCUUUAUUCUCAGCCUACGCUGGAACUGAGCCAAGAAACUAGACUCUACCAGGGUUGACUCAGCUUGAAUGGCAAGUGCACAGUCAUCUUUGCAUCUGAUAGCCAUCUUAAUCCAAAUGCCUAACUGCCCCAAUGGGAUUAAGAUCUUGCAUUCCUCUAUCCAAAAAGCCCGCUCUGCCAUUCUCUCCUACCAAAGUAACACAGGAGUGUAAUCAUUACCUUCUAUUUGUCUGCAUAUUUAGGCACGAUGCUAUAAACUCAGAGACUUUGAUCUUAAUCAUGCUUGAAUGAUAUUCCUGAUAACCGGACAGUCUGUCAUAUUUUCAAUAUGAAUAGCAAAAAAAGUUCACGUUCAGAAAAACUUGGUUAGAAUUAACAGUGUUCAGAACUUCAAUGGAAAGUCAGGUAGGGACCAUGACCUGGUUUGAUUUGUUUUUAAGUUAAGUAUACUA